AGUAGUCUUAAAUCACAUGAACGAGGCGCUGAGUACGAUGAAAUAUAGAUCUAUUAAUUUUUACAAGAGCGUGCGGAGUGUUGAGGGGAGUACGCGCCGAUCUAAACAGUUCCAACACUCCUUCUUCAAGUCUCCAUUGGGCCGCCAAGCCACACCGUAAACUAUGGCACCACGUAAGGGAAAGACCCAAAAGGAGGAGGUGCAGGUCCAGCUGGGCCCGCAGGUGCUGGAUGGAGAGAAGGUGUAUGCUGUCUGCCACAUCUAUGCCAGCUACAACGACACCUUCGUCCACGUCACUGAUCUCUCUGGCCGGGAAACCAUUGUCCGCAUCACCGGUGGCCAGAAGGUGAAGGCUGACCGUGAUGAGUCCUCCCCCUACGCCGCUAUGUUGGCUGCCCAGGAUGUUGCUGAGAAGUGCAGGACACUGGGCAUCAACUGUCUGCACAUCAAGAUCCGUGCCACCGGCGGCAACAAGACCAAGACCCCAGGACCUGGUGGGCAGUCUGCCCUGCGUGCCCUUGCUCGUGCCAACAUGAAGAUUGGCCGCAUUGAGGAUGUUACACCAGUGCCCUCCGACAGCACGCGCAGGAAGGGAGGCCGCAGGGGCAGGCGCUUGUAAUCUGUCUGGCUAUAAUUAUAGUGAUCCUUUAA